AGCCGACACCUGCCCCCGAACCUUGGCCCCCCUCAGUGCGCUUGCUGCAAGCGGUCCAGUUCCGCUCGGGUAUGAAGAACAGACCCCGGCAGCUGGUGGAGACACCCCUGCGGACCGAAAGGACAUGUCCAGCUUCGAGGUGUCCCUGCAACAGCUCAACGACUUGCUGACGGACGACGGCAUUUACAGCUGGCCCUCCAAACACUUCAACGAGGUCUACCCGAGGAUCUACGUGGGGGAUGCAUUUCUGGCAACGAACGUGAUGCGUUUGAAGCGUCUCGGUAUCACACACAUACUGAAUGCCGCAGAGGGAAACUCCCUCAUGCACGUCAACACCAGCGCCGAAGUCUACGCCGACACCGGCAUCAUCUACCACGGCUUUCCAGCCAGCGACACCGACCACUUCGACAUCAGCGUUUUCUUCGAGGGCGCGGCAGACUUCAUCGAGAAGGCUCUGGCAUUCAAGAAUGGAAAAGGUAAAGUGUACGUUCAUUGCCGGGAAGGCUACAGCCGCUCGCCUACCUUGGUUAUUGCCUAUCUGAUGCUUCGCCAGAAGCUGGACGUUCACACGGCUCUGGCCACGGUGCGACGGAAGAGGGAGAUUGGACCCAAUGAUGGCUUCCUCCGGCAGCUCUGUCAGCUCAACCAGAGGUUGGUGGGUGAGGAAAAGCUGUGGAACCAAUGAGGGAAUAAAAAAAAGCAGGUAAAUCCACCUCAGUACAGUUUAAACUGAGCAAAGUUCUGUUCUGACAACAGCAAAUGGAAUAAACUUGUGUAGCGCUGAAGCGGACCGCCCAGAGAGCUGUCUGCUUUAAAUGUUCCUGCUGGUCUACAAAGACCUGAAUGGUCUUGGACCAAAAUACAUAGUUGAUCUGUUAGUUCCUAUGAAGCUCCCAGACCCCUGAGCUUCAUCUGGAUCUGUUAGUUCCUAUGAAGCUCCCAGACCCCUGAGCUUCAUCUGGAUCUGUUAGUUCCUAUGAAGCUCCCAGACCCCUGAGGUUCAUCUGGAUCUGUUAGUUCCUAUGAAGCUCCCAGACCCCUGAGGUUCAUCUGGAUCUGUUAGUUCCUAUGAAGCUCCCAGACCCCUGAGGUUCAUCUGGAUCUGUUAGUUCCUAUGAAGCUCCCAGACCCCUGAGCUUCAUCUGGAUCUGUUAGUUCCUAUGAAGCUCCCAGACCCCUGAGGUUCAUCUGGAUCUGGUUUGUUGUGGUUCCAGAACCAGAACCAAGCAAGGUUCAGCAGCGUUCAGUUAUUCUGCUCCUCACCGGUGGAACAAACUUCCUGUAGACCUGAGGUCUGCUCCAACUGUAGAUCCUUUAAAUCAGGCGUUUACUGAAGCUACUCUUAAAUUAAAUACUUACUUGCUGUAUUCUACUGCCCUUAUUUUUAACAACUUGUGCUUUUUAUUAUUUUACCUCUUUUCUUAUCCUUUUAUUUCAUUUUAUUUGUUAUUUAAGCGUACUCUUAAAUUAAAUAGUUUUUUAAAUAGUUUCUUUUUUUUCUUUAGUUUUUUUAGUCAAGUUAUGGAUACGCCCUGAAUGCAGGCAUUGUUACGGCAUUGUUUCCGUAGAAUUGUCAAUUUGGUCUGAUUCAUCGAAACAACUUGUGCUUUUUAUUAUUUUACCUCUUUUCUUAUCAUUUUAUUUAAUUUUAUUUGUUAUUUACUGUUUAAUUGUGUCUUGCCGCUUUUAAUGUUGAUGUAAAGCACUUUGAAUUACUUUGUGUUGAAUUGUGCUGUACAAAUAAACUCUC